GGAGAAAACCAAUUCUCAGUAACAUCUUUGACGACAUGUCAGAGUUGCACCAAGCUGCAGCAGCAGGCGAUUAUGACCAAGUUACGGAGCUUCUGAGGGAAAAUAAAUGCAAUCCCAACCAGAAAGACAUCGACUGGUGCAGCAAGACACCUCUCCACUGGGCAGCAGCUAAAGGACACACAGAAAUGGUGAGGAUCCUAAUAAAGCAUGGAGCCAGACCGUGCCUGCGGACAGAGUAUGGGUGGACUCCUGCGCAUUUUGCUGCAGAGUCUGGUCGACUGGCUGUGCUGCGGCUGCUGCACUCCCUCCAUGCGCCUAUUGAUAAGGAGGACUGCUGUGGAGACAAACCAGUGCGACUAGCCGAGAUAUACGGACACCAAGACUGUGUUAGAUUCCUUAAAAAAGCAGAGAUAGAGUGCCAAGCAUAUCGCAAAUUAGCAGCCCGAGAAGGGAUUUCAGUGGACGACACCGAUGAGGAGUGGCCAAAGCGGGACAAAGAAAAUCUAGAAAAACAACAACUCUGAAAGCAAGAUGGAAGCCUGAAUCCCAUUUACAGAAUAAACAUUUACAAAGUUUUUCUGGUUUUCUUUCAGCUCAGAGUUUUCCUUCAGCUUGUCACAGCUAGGUAUUAUUUAAAACAUGCAAUAUACGUA